AUGAGCCAUCAUCCACUUCAUGUCUCCAUCAUUUACGCUCCGUCACCGGAUGAACCCAUUGUUUCUGCUGAUCAAGAAGAAGAUUGUGCGGCAUACCAAUAUGCCUCUCGGGCCAAGGAAUUCUUGCUGACUGCUACUGUUGACAAAGCAGUAAACGUGACCAUUUCCCGUAUCCAAGAGUCUUCUUUUGAAGAUGCUUCGACGUGCCAAGAUCCUAACAUAUUAGAUGUGGACAAUCCAAAGAAAAUGCUCCUAGUAUUGUUGAUGUCAUGCUCAGCAGACGGUUCCAUACAUCGGCUCUUGCGAAAAGCCACUAAACGACUGACCCAACAAGAUAGCAAUGAUGGAUCAUCCAGCAGCAGAAUAAUACAGUCUGUUCCACUGGCAGUGGUAUUGUUGGGACAUGCCCGAUGUGACAAUUCGGCAAAACAAAUGAAAGACACCAUUUUUGGAUCGGGGCGACGGAUCGAAAAGGCUCUGCUGAACACGAAUAAUAGUCCUUUUGCAAGCAUUCAACAAGAUCGAUUGGAAACCCAGGUCGAAUUGGUUGGACCAGAAGUUGACUUUGAUCCUUGGUGGAGUUUAGUGAUUGAACAAUGCUGGACGUAG